UGAAAAGCGGAAGUAUUUUAAUAUCCUUGAACCAAAAGUGAAAUAAACACUCCUUAAAGUUCAAGCUUUCAGAUCAGUUCAAUACCUUUCUUUCAAAUAUGGACAAAAUGUUUACUAUUUGUUGCUUUUUUCUUGGGUGUUUUGCCCUCAUUCGCUCUGGACUGUCAGCACAAGAUGACAUUAUAUCAUUCUUACCAGGUCUACCGCAUCAACCAAUGUUUAGACAAUAUUCUGGCUAUCUCAAAGCUCAGGGGACGAAAAAAUUCCAUUACUGGUUUGUUGAGUCGCAGAAUAACCCAAAAAGUGAUCCUGUUGUGCUAUGGUUAAACGGUGGUCCAGGAUGCAGCUCACUGGAUGGUUUUCUAUCUGAGCAUGGUCCAUUCUUGGUGAAUUCCGAUGGUAAAACACUACACUAUAACCCAUACAGUUGGAAUAAGGUUGCAAACAUGCUGUAUUUAGAAUCGCCGGCAGGAGUUGGGUUUUCAUAUUCUGAUGAUAAAAAUUAUACCACCGAUGAUGACACUGUCUCUAUGGACAACUAUGUUGCUCUGUUGGCGUUCUUCGUUAAAUUCCCGCAGUUUAAAAACAAUCCGUUUUUUGUCACCGGAGAAAGUUAUGGCGGAGUGUAUGUUCCAACGUUAUCUUAUCGCAUUUUGCAAGGAAAUUCGACAAUAAACAUGAAGGGCUUUGCUGUUGGAAAUGGGUUGUUAAGUUACGUUGAAAACUUUAAUUCACUAGUUUACUUUGGUUACUACCACGGCCUUUUCGGCGACGAACAUUGGCACCAGUUACAAAAACUAUGCUGCGUCGAUGGCAAGUGUUUGUUUUACAACAAAACUAAUCUGCCAUGCCUUGAGUUGACAGGUGAAGUGCUGAGAAGUUUUACAAAGAUCGGAUUAAAUACGUACGGUCUCUAUCAGAAUUGCAGUGGUCUUAAAUCGAAAGACGUCAGACUUUUUUUCGCUUUUAAAAACCUCCUCACCACGAUAAACAAGAAAACGAAAUAUUUCCACACAGGAAAGCUUGGUUUAACUCCUCCGUGUCUCAACUCGACUGCCGCAAACAAAUAUCUCAACACGCCAUCAGUGAGACAGGCUAUUCAUAUUCCGACUAUGUUACCAAACUGGACCAUUUGCAGUGAAGUUGUCAACAAGAAUUACAAAAUGGUUUAUGAAACUCUUUCCCCAGUCGUGUUGAAAUUAAUUCAGCAUUAUCGAGGGAUGGUUUAUAAUGGUGACACAGAUAUGGCUUGUAAUUUCCUUGGAGAUCAAGAGUUUGUCGAGAGCCUUGGAUUAAAAGUUGUGAAAGAACGUCGUUUUUGGAAAAUUGGACCCCAAAUCGCAGGAUUUGUCAAAGAUUUUGAAAAACUCUCGUUCGUCACGAUUAAGGGGGCAGGUCACAUGGUACCUGAAGAUAAACCAUCGGAAGCACUGAAAAUGUUCAUUAGCUUCUUGGAAAACAAGCCACUUCAAUAACGACGAUGCAAACACAUCAAGGAUCACAGGGAACACUAAAAGUUGACUGAAAAUUGGUCCAUCAAAUGGACUUAAUCUGGACCCAAUGAAAAUUGCUAUUACAAGGAAUAGAAAAAAAUGAAAAUUAUUUUUCGACUGAAGAAAACAUUGCUAAGGAUUGCUGUCAAACAUGCAUGUGCACGAGAGUUUUUCAUUCAAACUUUACUGUAAUUAAGUUGUAUGCGUUGUCGUCUUAAUAUACAAGUUAAAUGUUAUUUUCUGAAGAUGUAAUAAAUGUCAAUGAACGCA